AACAGCUGCCAUCUCCGGAAACAACUUAUUGGAACUGGGAAUGUAACAACUCGGUCAUUCUGCCUUUUUCGAUGUCAUGAAAUUUGGACGUUUUCACGUUUUUAUUUUAUUUUUAUUUCUACCUAGUCAAGAAGCAUUUGCCUCAGUGAACAAGAAGAUAACGCUCACGCAACCGACCGUAAUUCUGAUUUCUUUCGACGGAUUCCGUUGGGACUACCUUGACAAAGUUCCAACUCCGAAUUUCGAUUCCAUCGUACGAAAUGGAGUAAAGGCUAAACACAUUAUUAAUACUUUUGUCACAAAGACAUUUCCUAAUCAUUAUACGAUUGUGACAGGGUUGUACGAAGAGAGCCAUGGAAUCCUCGGGAAUAACAUGUACGAUCCUGUUUUCAACGAAACCUUUCAUAUUGGUUCGCCUUCUUUCUUGGAUAUCAAAUGGUGGAAUGGCGAACCUGUUUGGAUAACGAAUCAGAAGGCCUUUAAAAAAAGCGCCGUUGUUUUCUGGCCAGGUUCGGAAGUAAAAGGGCAAACGCCUACACAUUUUUUAAAGUACAACAACAAACUUCCUUUCAAGAAAAGAGUGCAGUACCUGCUCGAUCAACUAGAAGGAAAUGACCCUCCUAGUUUUCUCGCUGCUUAUUUUAACGAGCCAGACCAUACUGGCCAUCAAGUUGGCCCAAAUUCGCCAGAGCUCCAUAAAGUUAUACGCAGGGUAGACAACGUUACUGGAUAUCUAUUGAAAAGUUUGCAAAAUCGAGGUUUGUUGGAUCAGGUAAGGUUUCGCGUGCAUUGUACUAAUGAACUUCCUUGUUUACCCAUAUUACGUAGUGCUGCUGUUGGGCUUACUAAUAUUUGUUUUGAGAAAUUAUCGCGAAUACAUCACGGCACUGAAAUUUUUGAUUUAAACGUUCGGUUCAAGUAUCAAAUCGAUAACUCAAGCGACUGUUUUGAUUUUACUGAUUUCUUUGAUAAACAAGAUCAUAUAACUGUAGUCUCCAACGAAAAUCUCGAUAGUCAUUUAUUUCAUCAUGUUGUAAUUGACUAUUGACACUGUGGUGGGCUAAAAAUUCAGUUCGAAAAGACAUUUUUGUAAAUAACUCGCGCGCGUUUCAAUAAUUUAACUUGUAGUCAUACAUAUUCAUUAAAUAUACAAUUCUGGGAUAAAGAGAACAAUUGCAAAAACAAUGGAUGGCUUUUUCUAUGCCGAAAUCUUUCCCAAAUUAUUUUUGCAGAUUGUGUUUUAAAUAGUAAUACUUAGUUUGAAUUAAAAAAAAAAAAGAAAAUUGGCACUUGAAUUAAAAAAAAAAUUAAAAGAAAAUUGGCACUUGAAGGUCUACUGUGCCCUUAAAUUGCCUUAGGGCCUGUUUACGUGGAGGUGGGGGACCCCAGGUAAGUGAGGUAACCUGCCUAGGUGGGGUAACCUGCCUGGCCAUAUAAUUUCUUAUUUCAUCUUGAUCACGUUUACAACCCCUGCCUAGCUGGGGUUGUGUUCAUGGCAAAAAGCUCAAAAGCAAAAUCAUGUAUGUUUUAAAACUUUGUACAUUUCCUAGCUGUCUCAUGGCAGAAAUCACCAGAAACCACAAUGGACACACAAGGACUGUUAAAUGUUCACAUUUUGAAAUAUUUAGCAUUGUAAAUUGACCAUAUUUUGUUUCCCAGACUAUUCAGUAUAACAUAUUAAGUCAACGGUUCCUCGCAUAACCUAACACCAGUAACACAAUGUGUGACACUUUCAUGAAUAAAUAAAUAUGUGUCAGAGAAUUAAUCUUUCAUCUUUCUCAAGAUGUGAGCUCGGGAUGCCUCUGCUCAAACUCCUUAAUUGCAAGCGCAACAACAACCUCAAGAAACCUCACUCCAGCACCCCAGGGUUGUAAGAUUGUAUGUAAAUGCGUUUUAUUUUUUGACCACGGCUAGGUGGGUUACCUCACAUAACUGGGGUUCCCCAUCUCCAUGUAAACAGGCCCUUAAUUUAGCAAUUGCUCCUGCAGCCAAACUGUCUAUCUUUACCUGUGUGAUUACAAGAACCCAGGAAAUGGUGAAAUCCGAUAGUUAAACAGCCAAUGACAAGCAUGCACAGUUAGUAAAUUUUCAACUCUGAAUAUGACAUUUCUAGUGUUCUGAUUCACUUAUUCAAAUCUGGUUAUCAGCACCUAUUUCAAGUCACCUUACAUGGAAAUGCAUAUUGUCGCACAGAAAAAAAAGGCUCCAAAUAUCCAUAUGUUUAGUAUUUAAUGAAAUUUAAUAAAACAAUUAUUUCAUUCAAACCUACUGGAUACCAGAUUGGUUAUAGCCAACUAUAUUGGCCAAUUUCAAAUUAGUUGCUGGUUAACACCUUGAAUUGUGUCCACUCAGUUCCAUUGUCAUCACUUAGUCCCAGGAUCUGAUCACUACAUUCUCCUGUCUUGUUGCCACAUUUUCUAUCAAAUUAGGGAAGAGAAUUUGGUGAUGUAUCAUUCUAAAUAUUUUCACUUCACAAAAUUGUUUGAUAACUUAUUGACAUUUUAAGGAGAAGUUACAUUAUUAUCAAUGAGUGAUAUAAUUGCUUGACCCUUUAAACCUGAACAUUAGUUCCCAUAUUCUCCAUAAUUAUCUCUACAAUUUCCUUUGAUACUGACAAGGAGAAUUUGUUUAACAAUCAAAGCUUCUUAGGGUGGUGAUCAUUUCCUUUAUCCUCAUGAUUUGAAUGAAUGAUUCAGCAGUAUUUCUUUUUAGGAAAAAUAAGAUGCUAACCAUUGUUAAGCUUUGAAUAGUUAAAUAGUUAACUCACUAAGAUGAAUAAAUACUUUCUUCUUAAGGUCAACUUGAUUAUCACCAGUGAUCAUGGAAUGGCUGAACUGAACAGUUCUCGCAUCAUUGAAUUAGACAAGUUUUUACCAUCUGACUGGUACACUCUUGUGGCCUGGCCUGGAAAAUCAGACCGACCAAAGGAUGUUUAUUUCCAUGUUUUACCCAAGGAUGGCAUGUUAGGCAAGACCUACAAAAAGCUCAAGGUUAUUCCACAUCUUAAUGUUUACCUCAAGGAAGAAAUUCCAGAAGAGUUCCAUUACAAACACAACAGACGGGUAAUGCCAAUUUUAAUUGUCGCGGAUGAUCAGUGGAUAAUUACGAGGUCCAUAUCAGAAAUAAAUACCCAUGGAAACCAUGGUUAUAGUAACAAGUAUUCAGACAUGCAUCCUUUUUUCCUUGCUCAAGGACCUGCAUUCAAAUCAAACUUUAUCUCUGAACCCUUUGAAAACGUUCACAUUUAUCCCCUAAUGUGCCACAUACUUGGAAUUGAGCCUUCAUCAAACAAUGGCUCCUUAUUAGCAGUUAAGCAGCUCCUGAAAAUAGCUCCACAAGAAGUUAAACAGGAUGUCACAGCACUUAUUGUACUUUCUGUAAUUUCAUUUGUUGUUUUUCUGCUGAUGAGUUAUGGCAUUGUCUCUUUUUGUGUCAAAAAUCAUUGCAGAAUGCGGCAAUAUGGACAUAUCUAUGAUUUGGGAAUAUCAGACUUUGAUCUUUGAGUAGGCAAAUAAUAGAUUUAUUGCAUCUACCAGUUAGUGGGUGCACUAUUUUUGAUCAGUUAGCCUGCAAUAUUUCACUGUGCAGUCCCCUCAAUUCAGAACUUGGUUUGAAUUGAAAUCUCCCCCCCUCUAUUUGAAUCCCGAGAUAUAAUUCAUAUCUCACUAACUUUGUUUUCUUAGUUCAUACUGUAACUUACAGAACCUCUUUUUUUGCGCUCUGAUUUAUUGCCCAUGCUAUGUGCUUGGGCUAUUAAUUUGAGUGGAAAAAAACUUAGCUCAUAAUUUACAAGACAGACUCAGA